GUCCUUUACAAUCUGCUACUUUUGCAGCAAGUACUUACUAGUUUACAAAAUUUAACACUCUCUAGCUUCCCAGCAUAAUGCCCCCACUUCAUUAGUUUUGCUUUCGUAUUGUCUAUCACAGAGCAAAAUGAAAGUUCGUAGCCUUUUUGGGAGUUGGGUGGGUGUUUGUAAAGUUGCUGCAAUAGUACUCAUGCCCACCCAACCCCCAAAAGACUACUGCAAAACCAAGGGAUGAUCUUAAUCAUCAAUGUCCAACCCAACUGCUAGAGACCGAAAGUGAGAAAACAAGAUUGCCAGAUUCAACCAUGAAGCUAUAUUCCUUCAGUUUUCUCAUUCUUUUGUUCACUUAUGGGUAUUGCAGAUCGGAUAUUCGCAUUCCUUUUCGACUCACGCUUGCUGUCCCUGUGGAAUAUAGCGUGGGAUUCAUUGGGAGAGCUCUACUUUUGGAGACUAACCAGACGGUACCCAACUUUAAAGCUGCAUUGAGCGUUGAAGCUGUUGAUGGGAGGUACUCAUGCUCCUUGGAGGUUUUCCUUGGAGAUGUGAAGGUCUGGAAUUCUGGUCACUACUUGAGGUUUUAUACAUGGGAUAUAUGUGUGCUAGAGCUAACUGGGGAUGGAGAUUUGAGGUUGAAAGGUCCAAAAGAGCAAGUGGGAUGGCGAACUGGGACUUCUGGACAAGCUGUGGAGAGAUUACAGAUACGGAAUUCUGGCAAUCUGGUUCUGGUUGACACCGUGGACCAGAUAAAAUGGCAAAGUUUCAAUUUUCCCACAGACGUAAUGCUCUGGGGCCAGAGACUCAAUGUGGCCACUCGGUUGACUUCUUUCCCAAGAAACUCAGUUUCAUUCUACUCCUUGGAAAUUCAGUACAACAGGAUUUCUUUGUACCUUCAUUCUGGUAAGUGGAACUAUUCCUACUGGGAAUUUAAGCCUUCCAAUAACAGGAAUAUCACAUUUAUCCAAUUGGCUUCGAAUGGCUUGCGGUUAUUCAGUGAUAAAUAUAAAAAAAUCGCGCAGAUUCCAUCGCAACAACCUCAACCUCUAAGGUUUUUAGCGCUGGGAAAUGAAACAGGAAAUCUGGGGCUCUUCUUUUAUCACCCUAGCAAAGGAAGAUUUGAGACUGCUUUUCAGGCACUAAACACCACUUGUGAUCUUCCUCUGGCUUGUAAACCUUAUGGCAUUUGUACAUUCUCCAAUGCUUGUUCAUGCAUCCGGCAUUUAACAAAGGAAACCACAAUGAGUUCUAACUGCAGUGAGGGAAUUUCCGGAGAGUUUUGCGGCAGUAAUCAGGCUGAGAUUCUUGAAUUAGAGGGUGUUAGCAAUGUUCUGAAAGAUGGUCCUAAAAGGGUUAAUAUUAGCAAAGAAACAUGCUCAAACUUGUGCUUGGAAGAUUGCAAAUGUGCAGCUGCAUUAUAUUCCUCUGUAAAAGGGGAGACAAACCAACGAGAAUGCUAUCUUUAUGGGCUGGUUGUGGGAGUUAAACAGGUUCAAAGGGGAACUGGAGUGAGUUUUAUGGUUAAGGUUCCAAAGGGAACUAGUGGUAGUCAUGGUAAGACUAAGGUCAAGAAAUGGGUCUUGGCCAUGGUAGGAGUGUUUGAUGGAUUGAUUAUUCUGCUUGUUCUGGGAGGGCUUGGAUACUACUACAUACAAAAGAGAAGGAAAAAUUUGCAGGCUACUGAUAACCACACUUGAUUUCAUUUGAUUCCAGGUUUUUAUUGGAAUUCAAUGCGCCAUUACAAUUCUUUUGUAUUCAGUUUGUAGAGGAAAGAAAACAAUUUUGCUUGUUAUUAAUAGGCA